AUGGCGAACCCGGGGACUGUUAACCUAACACGAUCUUACUACCGCCAUUUGCCCCCUGAAGGUGUCGAGAUCAAGGGUAUACUCAUUCAAUACCAUGGUUGGUUAGAAACAUGUGAGUUUUUCGAGAAUAAGUUCCACAAUGCUGCUAUCGCUGACAAGUACGGCCUCAUAUUGAUAUCCGCCUGUGGGAGCGGCUAUGGAUGGUUUUCGACCAGACUGUAUGCAGUGCACGCAUGGAAUGCGGGUGUCUGCUGCACAUCGAAUCAGAACAUCGACGAUCUUGAGUACACCAGGAUUAUCAUCCAAAGAGAGAACAAGGCGAAUUUGCCAGUCUACGGUUAUGGUUACAGUAACGGUGGGAUGUUAGUGGAAUCUCUAUUAUGCCAUAAGAUCAUCCAAGGAGCCGUAUCGGUUAAUGGUGUUCUAGCUCUCCAGCCUGGUCUAACCAAAGCUUUCAAGGUUUGCGAUAAUAUCUAUAAUGACACUACCGUGGUCCCGAAACCUCCAGCACCGAGAAUGGCCAGUGUGCACUGUAUAGACGAUGGA